ACCUUGAGGCCUGGCCCUCCUGGGCCCCUUGACCCUGCAGGGCAUGUAGGAUGUGCAAGAGUUCUCCAGUGCAUUCUGGUUCUCUGCCUUCUCUGCCUGGAAUCUGCCCAGAGAGGACUCUCGGCUUGGCUCCCAUUCAGGGGACCUGAGAUCCGAGGAUCUCCUAAGCCCCUCCUUGCCUGCCUCUUUCCACAAUCAGUAGCUAUCUGUCCUCUGUCUGACUGGCUGAAUAGGGUCAUCUGGGUCCCUUCUGCCUCUGCUCCUUGGCUCUUGUCAGUUCCCCUCCUCCUCACCUAUUGCCUGCCUUUCUCAGUUGCCCCCCAAUUCUGUGUGCCAGGCUCUCUCCUGAUCCCUCUCUAUCCAUCUUCAACAUCGUUGCUCUCUCUACUGUCUCUGUUUGAUCCCCUUUCAUUCCCACAGUUUCCCUUCCUCUCACAUUCUCUCUGUCUGGGUCUCCCUCUCCGUGUCUCUUGCUCAGUCUCUUCCUCUUUAUCUGGACCAUUCUCUGAUCUUGGUCUCUAAUCUCUGUCUUUUGAUCACUGGGUCUCCUUGACCCACGAGUCGGGGUAUGGAGGUGAUGAUAGCAGAACUAAGGAAAGGACAUUGUGAGACAUAACAACUAAUAGUGAGAGUUUUAUUCUUCACAAAAGGGAGGGAGAGCCUCUCUCUCUCCCUCCCCCGCCCCCCAAUCUGGGUCUCUCAGUCUGUGUGCCUCUUUGACUCUGUGUUUCUGCUCUUAUUUAGUAUGUGUUCCUUUCUCACUGUCUCUCUUAGUCCGUGGAUCCCUCUCUUUCUCUCGCACUGUCUCUCUGUCUCUGGUCUUAACCAGUGUCUCUUUUCCUCUCAUGACCUCUCUCUCAGACCUGGGCCUGGCUCAAUUUCAGCUUCUCUCACAUAUUCUCUCUCUGGGGCACCCAGGCCUUCCUUGCCAUGCGACCUGUCAGUGUCUGGCAGUGGAGCCUGUGGGGGCUGCUGCUGUGCCUGCUGUGCAGCUCGUGCCUGGGAUCUCCAUCCCCAUCCACGGCCCCUGAGAAGAGGGCUGGGAGCCAGGGGCUACGGUUCCGGCUGGCCGGCUUCCCCAGGAAGCCCUUCGAGGGCCGCGUGGAGAUCCAGCGGGCUGGUGAAUGGGGCACCAUCUGCGAUGACGACUUCACGCUGCAGGCUGCCCAUGUCCUAUGCCGGGAGCUGGGCUUCACAGAGGCCACAGGCUGGACCCACAGUGCCAAAUACGGCCCUGGAACAGGCCGCAUCUGGCUGGACAACCUGAGCUGCAGUGGGACUGAGCAGAGUGUGACUGAAUGUGCCUCCCGGGGCUGGGGGAACAGUGACUGUACCCACGAUGAGGAUGCCGGGGUCAUCUGCAAGGACGAGCGCCUCCCCGGCUUCUCGGAUUCCAAUGUCAUUGAGGUAGAGCAUCACCUGCAAGUGGAGGAGGUACGAAUUCGACCAGCCGUUGGGCGGGGCAGGCGGCCCCUGCCCGCGACUGAGGGACUGGUCGAAGUCAGGCUUCCGGACGGCUGGUCGCAAGUGUGUGACAAAGGAUGGAGCGCCCAUAACAGCCACGUGGUCUGCGGGAUGCUGGGCUUCCCUAGCGAAAAGAGGGUCAACGUGGCCUUCUACAGACCAGUCAUCAAGCUUAAAGCCAAACCCAAACCCCGAGUGGGCAGGGGGCCAAUCAAGAGGCUGCUGGCCCAGCGGCAGCAACACUCCUUUGGUCUGCAUGGGGUGGCGUGCGUGGGCACGGAGGCCCACCUCUCUCUCUGCUCCUUGGAGUUCUAUCGUGCCAAUGACACCACCAGGUGCCCUGGGGGGGGCCCUGCGGUGGUGAGCUGUGUGCCAAGCCCUCUCUACGCAGCGUCCAGUGGCCAGAAGAAGCAACAGUCGAAGCCUCAGGGGGAGGCCCGAGUGCGAUUAAAGGGUGGAGCCCACCCAGGAGAGGGCCGGGUAGAAGUCCUGAAGGCUGGCACGUGGGGCACAGUCUGUGACCGCAAGUGGGACCUGCAGGCAGCCAGCGUGGUGUGUCGGGAGCUGGGCUUCGGGAGUGCUCGAGAGGCUCUGAGCGGUGCCCGCAUGGGGCAGGGCAUGGGUGCCAUCCAUUUGAGUGAAGUUCGAUGCUCUGGCCAGGAACCCUCCCUCUGGAAGUGCCCCCACAGGAACAUCACAGCUGAGGACUGUUCCCAUAGCCAAGAUGCUGGAGUCCGAUGCAACCUGCCCUACACUGGGGUAGAGACCAAGAUCCGACUCAGCGGGGGCCGCAGCCGACAUGAAGGGCGAGUCGAGGUGCAAACAGGAGGACCUGGGUCCCUUCGCUGGGGCCUCAUCUGUGGGGAUGACUGGGGGACGCUGGAGGCCAUGGUUGCCUGCAGGCAACUCGGACUGGGCUAUGCCAACCACGGCCUGCAGGAGACCUGGUACUGGGACUCAGGGAAUGUCACAGAGGUGGUGAUGAGUGGAGUGCACUGCACAGGGACUGAGCUGUCCCUGGACCAGUGUGCCCAUCACGGCACCCACGUCGCCUGCAAGAGGACAGGAAGCCAUUUCACUGCUGGAGUCAUUUGUUCUGAGACCGCGUCAGAUCUGCUGCUGCACUCAGCCCUGGUGCAGGAGAGCGCGUACAUCGAGGACAGGCCCCUGCACAUGUUAUACUGUGCUGCUGAAGAGAACUGCCUGGCUAGCUCGGCCCGCUCAGCCGACUGGCCUUACGGCCACCGGCGUCUGCUCCGAUUCUCCUCCCAGAUCCACAACCUGGGACGCGCUGACUUCAGGCCCAAGGCUGGGCGCCACUCCUGGGUGUGGCAUGAGUGUCAUGGGCAUUAUCACAGUAUGGACAUCUUCACUCACUAUGAUAUCCUGACCCCCAACGGCACCAAGGUGGCUGAGGGCCACAAAGCUAGUUUCUGUCUAGAAGACACCGAGUGUCAGGAGGAUGUCUCCAAGAGGUAUGAGUGUGCCAACUUUGGAGAGCAGGGCAUUACUGUGGGUUGCUGGGAUCUCUACCGGCAUGACAUCGACUGUCAGUGGAUUGACAUCACAGAUGUGAAGCCAGGAAACUACGUUCUGCAGGUGGUCAUCAACCCCAAUUUUGAAGUAGCAGAAAGUGACUUCACCAACAAUGCAAUGAAAUGUAACUGCAAAUAUGAUGGACAUCGCAUCUGGGUGCACAACUGCCACAUUGGUGAUGCCUUCAGUGAAGAGGCCAACAGGAGGUUCGAACGCUACCCUGGCCAGACCAGCAACCAGAUCAUCUAAGGUGCCACCACCUUCCUCUGCAGACCACAACUGGCCCCUAAUGGCAGGGGUCUGAGGCUGCCAUUACCUCAGGAGCUUACCAAGGAAUCCUUGACGUCAGCAGGCCCACAGCACUCAUCCAUUGUGCACUGUGGGUGUAGAACUGUCAAGCAGAAGUUAUUGCCCUCCUUUUACGCCAGCUGUCUGGAUCUGUGGCCAGGCAUGGGGAAUUUUGCUCCCAGGCCCAGCACCAAACCAAGCACGCCACAAAGAGGCGCACCUGAUUGACUGCCCAGGAAAAGACAGCAGCAGCUCGUUUUCUCAAAUAGGGAGGUCAGAAUGGUCAAUUCCCAAUAUCUCCUCUCAGUUCAGGGAGAUACGGCUUUACCUCUAGCCUUUUUGUGGGGGGAAAGAGCAGUGCGCCACCCUUCCCCUCAUUUUUGAGUAUAACAUGUUGCUAGGUAUAAUUUUAUUUUAUAUAAAAAGUGUUUUUGUGA